AUGGCUUUUCCGGACGACCAAAAUAUCGACUUUAAAGUACAUACACCAUUUCCCUUGUCGCAGUCUCCUCUAACUCAAGAACAGGUCUUCCAAAACACCAUCAACAAUAAACCAAGCCCGACUUCCCAAACACGCCAUGGAGUUUGCCCAAGCACCGAAGAACCUCUCUGGGAAAGUCCAGUUUCAACCCAGAAAGAUGUCAAUCGCGCUGUAGACGCUGCCAAAGCAGCCUACCCUCUUUGGCGUAAACUAUCACAGGAUGAGCGUGCUGAGUAUUUGGUCAAGUUCGCCGACGCCAUCGAGGCGCAUAAGCAGGAGUUUAUCGACCUUCUUGGCCGAGAAGCCGGAAAACCACCUCAAGCUGGCGCUUUUGAACUAAUGCUUGUUAUGGAACAUGUUAGGAAGACACCCGAGCUGAGACUCAAAGAGGAGAAGCCCGAGGACAACGAUGACCGAACUGCCAUAGUGAGAUAUGUACCACUGGGUGUAGGUGUCGGCAUUGUUCCUUGGAACUUCCCCAUGAUCCUCGGUAUUGGCAAAGCCUACCCAGCCAUGCUCGCCGGCGACACUUUUAUCUGGAAGCCUUCACCAUACGCUCCCUAUUCUGCCCUCAAGCUUGCAGAGAUCGGUGCCAAGGUUCUUCCACCAGGUGUCUUCCAAGCUCUCAGUGGUGGAGAUGAUCUUGGACCGAUGCUCACUGCACAUCCUGACGUGGCCAAGGUGAGCUUCACGGGAUCAACGGAGACAGGAAAGAAGAUUAUGGCAUCCUGCGCAGCCACGCUCAAACGUGUUACGUUAGAACUGGGCGGCAAUGAUGCUGCUAUUGUUUGUGAGGAUGUUGAUCUCCCCACUGUUGCUGGAAAGGUAGCUUUCCUCGCCUACGUUCACAGUGGACAGAUCUGCAUGAACAUCAAACGUAUCUAUGUUCACGAAAGCAUAUACGAAGAAUUCCGUUCUGCUGUACUCGGCUUCCUUGAUAACAUGAAGAGCGGUGGCUUCUCUGACGCAGAGGCAUUCUUCGGACCGAUUCAGAAUAAGAUGCAAUUCGAGAAGCUACAGCGUCUUUACGGAGAAAUCGACAAACAAGGAUGGAAGUCUGCAUCCAGCACCAAUGGAGCCACAAAGCCAGAAAAGGGUUAUUACAUUCCGCCUACCCUUAUCGACAACCCGCCUGAAGACUCAGAGAUUGUACAAACCGAACCCUUCGGCCCCAUUGUGCCCAUGAUGAAAUGGUCCGAUGAGGAUGAUGUCGUUUCCAGAGCUAAUGCAUCCAACUUGGGCCUUGGUGCAUCGGUCUGGAGCAAGAAUGUUCCUCGUGCGAGACGAAUGGCUGAACAAUUGGAAUCGGGCAGCAUAUGGGUCAACACACACUUUGAAGUUGCGCCUAAUGUUCCUUUUGGUGGGCAUAAGAGUAGCGGAAUCGGAAUGGAUUGGGGAGAGGUGGGCCUCAAAGGAUGGUGUAACCCUCAGGCAUACUGGGUGAAGCAUUCAGGAGCUUAA